AUGAUGGUCUCAAGACCUGUUGCCCAGUUGCCCGGCAGCCAACUAUCGGUCGCUCAACUUCUUCCGCAAUCCUCCUCCACAUCAACGACGUCAUCUGCUCCUUCGACCGUUACUCCAGUGGCAACAUCGCUGUUGGUUGCCACUACGUCGACUCAGCCACAACUCUCAAGUCCUCAGCAGCAGGGCAGCCCCAUUCAGGUGGCAACGAAUUCCGCUUUUCGACCCAUCGUCCCGCACACGUUGUCGCCAAACGAUGCGAGCGCCAUCGGUGGCGAUUCGUUUUUCCUCUCCGCCAUUCAUUCGUUCGUGCUAUCGUCUCCAAGCGAUGACUCUGCUAGCGACUCCAACCAUUCGUCGUCAGAUCGAGGUAAUUACUCUUUUUAUGUUUGA